CAACAGUCAGACGUGUCACAAUUAGAACGCAAAAGCAAAACACAGCGGUGCCGCGCAUUUAUUUACAACCAGGAAAGCGCUUACUAAACCGGAGAAAAUGGCGGAUGAACAACCAAAUCUUGUAGCCGGACACCCACCUGCAUUGAAGGCUGGUGGCAUGCGAAUUGUGCAGCACAAAGCGCCUACGGCAGAACGUGCACCCAAGGAUGCAGAGGAUUGCACUGGACUGACACAACCCAUUGCCGUGAACUCCGGCUCAGUGAGCGGUGCCCCCGUCAAGGGCAACACGGACUUUACGCCCGCCUCCGCCCAGGUGGCUCAUUCGCCCAAGCCACCGGCUGCAGUGCAGCAGAAGCCCCAGAUCCACAUCCAGCAGCCACGCAAGUGAUGCGGACACCGGCCGAUGAACUAUUAUCAUUAUCUAAUCUCUUGAUCUUAUGUUGAAAUUCUAUAAGUCCUCUUAACGGUAUUGAAGUCGCCUGUGAAUGCGAUAUUUACUUUAUAUUUUAUAUGCCUUUAUAUGCCACUGCAUUCCAUAAAUUAAAAAUGCUGAUUUUCCGAGUUAAUAUUUUGUAAUAAACUGUAUCCCUUUUAUAGAUUUCAA